AAGCUGCAGGCAGCGGCAGCGGCGGCUUCAGCUAAAGCGCAGAAGAAAAAAAAAAAUCUUCAGCUGGACACGAGGACCCAGAAUUCUGGCCAUAGAAUCAGAACUUUUAUAGACAGCGCUGUGACAGGCCCUCUUUCCCUCCUCCCAAGUCCUCAAGCAACACAGGGCUUUGCCUUUCCCGCCGCAGAAAAGGGAGAUAGGAGUUGCAAAUAGCAGCAGGUGCAAAAAAGGCGGGGUUCUCUUCUUUCCUAGAACGGUAACCGGUGGAAUUGCUUUUCCCCUUUCAGUUUGACGCAGAAGAGACGCUGACUUCAGAUUCGGAACUCAAAUGCUUCCUGAAGCUUGAAAGUGGAGGAAUUCAGAGCCACAAGGGGCAGGCAGAAGGUAAAGCUAGCAUUUAUUCUCUGAGCGCCAAGUCUCCUGCUUAUAAGGAGAGUUCUGCCCAGAAAGAGACUUCCUCCCUCCUGCCUGACUUAAGCAGGGCCCUGAGCCUCAGGAGCCUGCCACAGGACCCCCCGCUGCAAAGGGAGCCACAGUGUACAGAAGGGAGGUCUUUGCUGCCUAGCUGCACAAUGGAUAAUGUCCUCCCUGUGGACUCAGACCUCUUCCCAAACAUCUCCACCAACACCUCGGAACCCAACCAGUUUGUGCAGCCGGCUUGGCAGAUUGUCCUUUGGGCAGCUGCCUACACGGUCAUCGUGGUGACCUCCGUGGUGGGCAAUGUGGUAGUGAUGUGGAUCAUCUUGGCCCACAAGAGAAUGAGGACAGUUACUAACUAUUUCUUGGUGAACCUGGCCUUCGCGGAGGCCUCCAUGGCUGCGUUCAAUACAGUGGUGAAUUUCACCUACGCUGUCCACAACGAGUGGUACUACGGCUUGUUUUACUGCAAGUUCCACAACUUCUUCCCCAUCGCUGCUGUCUUCGCCAGUAUCUAUUCCAUGACGGCUGUGGCUUUUGAUAGAUACAUGGCCAUCAUCCAUCCCCUCCAGCCCCGGCUCUCAGCCACAGCCACCAAAGUGGUCAUCUGCGUCAUCUGGGUCCUGGCUCUCCUGCUGGCCUUCCCCCAGGGCUAUUACUCAACCACGGAGACUAUGCCCAGCAGAGUUGUGUGCAUGAUCGAGUGGCCAGAGCACCCUGACAAGAUUUAUGAGAAAGUGUACCACAUCUGCGUGACUGUGCUCAUCUACUUCCUCCCCCUGCUGGUAAUUGGUUAUGCAUACACCGUAGUGGGGAUCACACUGUGGGCCAGUGAGAUCCCUGGGGACUCCUCUGACCGGUACCAUGAGCAAGUCUCUGCCAAGCGCAAGGUGGUCAAAAUGAUGAUCGUGGUGGUGUGCACCUUCGCCAUCUGCUGGCUGCCCUUCCACAUCUUCUUCCUCCUGCCCUACAUCAACCCAGAUCUCUACCUGAAGAAGUUCAUCCAGCAGGUCUACCUGGCCAUCAUGUGGCUGGCCAUGAGCUCCACCAUGUACAACCCCAUCAUCUACUGCUGCCUCAAUGACAGGUUCCGUCUGGGCUUCAAGCACGCCUUCCGGUGCUGCCCCUUCAUCAGGGCUGGCGACUAUGAGGGGCUGGAAAUGAAAUCUACCCGGUACCUCCAGACCCAGGGCAGCGUGUAUAAGGUCAGCCGCUUGGAGACCACUGUCUCCACAGUGGUGGGAGUCCACGAGGAGGAGCCCGAGGAAGGCCCCAAGGCCACACCUUCAUCCCUGGAUCUGACCUCCAAUGGCUCCUCUCGCAGCAACUCCAAGACCAUGACAGAGAGCUUCAGCUUCUACUCCAAUAUGCUGUCCUAGAGGGCAGGCCCUUAGCAAGGCAGCCACCACCAUCCUUGUUCUGCCUCUCUCAUGCAUGGGUAUUUCCUUGAUCUGGAAACCAUCAGAAACACCUGAACAUCAGAGCUUUGGGGGAAGAAUCAGAUGGUUUAGGGAAGACAUUUCAUCCUAAAGUCAAUCUGGAUUCUUCCAUCUUUGCCAUCCCCCAUCAGUGUAACCCAAAGCAAAUCUGAAUUUCUCUGAGCCUGUAAAAUGAAAAUAUUGCACUAGAUUUUACCUUCCAGUUUAUUCCAUGAUUCUAGAGAUAACUUCAACUGCAUGUGGGUGCUCAUUUCAGGAUG